CAGUUUCCUGCUCUACCACAGACAUCAUGUUAUCUGGGACCAAAUCACUUAUACUAUAUUUACUCACAUGCCCCCAAAAAUCCCUCCAAAAUUGGGCUGCAUGUCUUAAGUGGAAAAACUGACUUCUCUGUUGGAAUAGAAGCAAAGGGACACUGUAACGACCGCCAGGGCUCUACUUCUUUCUGUGGUUGCAGAGAGGACGGAUCACAGUGUGAUCUUAACAUCAGAGUUAGUUUUAACCUUUUCACAGACACUGCUGAAGUGGCAGUCACUUUUGGCCCAGCAAUUCAGUAGUGGUUGUGAGAGCAUUAAAACUGUAGCUUUAGCUGCACAGCAAUGGUCAGGAUUCAGACAUGACUCCAAAAAAAUCUUUUAAAAUUAUUUUGCCUUGCCAAAACAGUCAUACCUUAUUUGGGGGCAUGUUGUAUGCAAGAAAAUAUGGUAAUCUUUUGUAUCACCUCUGCAAAAAGGAGGGAAAAUAGGACCUCCUUGAAAAUCAGGGAUGGUGCAAAGAUAAAUACAUUAAGGACUAUUAGUGCUUAGGGAUUAUGCAAAUGGAGCCUUAAAUAAAAUCUAGCUAGAUUAGACAUAUUUGUAUACUGUAAUUUUCAAUGUCUCAUAUAUUUUGCAAGUUCACAUCUGUUUAUAAAAUAGUUACCUUACUUGCUUGUGAUGAUUAGAGAGAUUAUUUGAUUAACUUGCUUGCCCAGCAUCGUCAUUUCCUUGAAUAUGUUGAUCCAGAUCACCCCUCCCUAGUGGAAACAUCCACAGGAGGGAUUCUGGAGGAGGAUGUCACCAAGGACCUUCCGCAUGUUAUCCUGCUGGUUUCCUUAUAGUGUUGAUCUGCCUUAUAUUCAGCGUGCUUUCUACAAUUGAACAGUAUGCAGCUCUGGCCACAGGGACAUUAUUUUGGAUGGAAAUUGUAUUAGUGGUGUUUUUUGGAACAGAGUAUGUCGUUCGGCUGUGGUCAGCAGGAUGUCGCAGUAAAUAUGUUGGAAUAUGGGGAAGGCUUCGUUUUGCUAGGAAGCCUAUUUCGAUCAUUGAUUUAAUUGUAGUUGUUGCUUCAAUGAUAGUUCUUUGCGUGGGCUCUAAAGGUCAAGUGUUUGCAACCUCAGCUAUCAGGGGUAUCCGUUUUCUGCAGAUUCUGCGAAUGCUGCAUGUUGACCGUCAGGGUGGCACAUGGAGACUGUUGGGAUCAGUUGUUUUUAUACAUAGACAAGAGCUGAUAACCACAUUAUACAUCGGAUUUCUGGGCCUGAUCUUUUCCUCUUAUUUUGUGUAUCUGGCUGAAAAAGAUGCUGUGAAUGACUCAGGAGAAAUAGACUUUGGCAGCUAUGCGGACGCCCUAUGGUGGGGAGUUGUGACUGUUACAACUAUUGGUUAUGGGGAUAAGGUGCCUCAGACUUGGAUAGGAAAGACCAUUGCUUCUUGUUUUUCAGUUUUUGCUAUUUCAUUCUUUGCCCUUCCUGCGGGAAUUCUCGGUUCAGGCUUUGCCCUAAAGGUGCAACAGAAACAAAGGCAGAAACACUUUAACCGUCAAAUUCCAGCCGCUGCCUCCCUCAUUCAGACUGCGUGGAGGUGUUAUGCAGCAGAAAACCCAGAUUCUUCUACGUGGAAAAUAUACAUAAGAAAACCUGCUAGGAACUAUCAUUUGAUGUCACCAAGUCCAAAACCAAAGAAAUCUGUAAUGGUAUCGGUGAAAAAGAAGAAGUUUAAGCUAGAGAAGGACAAUGGACCUUCUUCCCCUGAUAAAGUAUUAACUGUGCCACACAUCACUUAUGACCAUGUGAUGGAUGACAGGAAAUCUGACUUUAGUAUUGAUGCAUAUGACAAUUCUGGAAAAACAGGAAUGUUAAAAUUGCUUGACCGUCAACAUUCCUGGGCAUCACUUUCUGCAGAGCAACAGUCCUCCAGUGCUCCUUCUUCUCCAGUGAAAAAAAGUCCUGGGUUCUUAGAUGUGAACACAGGACCCUUCACCAGGACCAACAGCUUUGCAGAUGAGCUUGACCUGGAGGGUGAGACAUUGCUGACCCCAAUAACUCACAUCUCACAGCUGCGAGAACACCACCGUGCUGCCAUUAAGGUGAUACGUAGGAUGCAGUAUUUUGUGGCAAAGAAGAAAUUUCAGCAAGCUAGAAAGCCAUAUGAUGUACGAGAUGUUAUUGAACAGUAUUCUCAGGGGCAUCUCAACUUGAUGGUGCGAAUCAAAGAGUUACAGCGAAGGCUUGACCAAUCUAUAGGGAAGCCAUCUCUCUUUAUUUCUGUCUCAGAAAAAAGCAAGGAUCGAGGGAAUAACACAGUUGGUGCCAGGUUGAACAGAGUGGAAGACAAGGUAACACAAAUGGACCAGAAGCUGAACCUUAUCACAGAUAUGCUGCAGCAUCUAGUUUCCAGUCAGCAGGGAGGCCAAGGCAGCAACAGAUCAUCUCAAAGAAGCAAUGCAGUUAAUCCAGAUAUCUUCCUCCCUAACAACACUCUCCCAACCUAUGAACAACUGACAGUACCAAGAAGAGUCCAAGAUGAUAUAUCAUGAUAUAGUUUUUCCCCUCACUCUGCCUCCUUUUCCCUUUUAAGUGGAACUGAAGGUUGUGAAUCUGGAAGGUAUUAAGCUCAGCAGCCAUAUGAAAGUACACAUGACUACUGUACCAAGCUAACACACCUUAAAGCCUCUGUGCUGUGUUGUUUUAACAUAGUACAUUCUUAAGUUCCAUUUUUAUGUUGUUCAAGAACAAUAGAGUAUGAUUUAUUGUUGCUCAGAAAGACCAAAACUACAUAUAACACAGGCAGAAUGGCAAGGAAUUUGUGUUUCCUUUUCAGAAAAGAAAUAAUAAUAAUACUUGAACUUAGUAAUAUGUACAUUCUGUUUAUGAAUCUGCUGAUAGCAAUAGAGUUUGCUAGUUAGAUUUUGCAAAAUAGGGUAAUUUAUGUUGGGUUUCUUGUAUAAACAUAUCGCUAACAUUCUAGAGAAUGACAAACCACACACUGAAUGAUUUUCCUUUUUUUUCUGUUUCCAUUUUAGGUUGUUACAUAAACAUUUAUCUGAUAUUGACUAGAUUUUUUUUUUAAAUCUGUUUUUCUUCAGGGAAGAACUAAUGCUUCAUCUGGGACAAUAUUAUUUAUAGAGGGAAGUGCUGUAGAUUUCUUUUUAAGAAAUGAAUUUUUGUUAGGGACAAAAAAUACUGAACAGACAAAAGGAAUUAUUUUGCUUUCUAGAAAAUAGCUGCCAAAGAAUUUAUCAAUAAAUAGCUAGCACUGUGAUCUGAAUGUGCUUGUCCAGAAACUCUUUUAGAAAAGAAAGUUCACUGCUUUUAUAUUUUUCUAGAUCUAUUUUGUCCAGCUUUUUUUUUCUUUAAUCUUUAACAAAAUGCAUGCAAAAGUCUAAUGAAACUGGAUCUUGUUGGUCAAGUCACUGUACCUGCCAGUUUUUGAUCUUUAACAGUUCUCAUAGGAAGAGAGAUGCCAACUUAGGACAUCUUUUAAGUCUGUAUGGGGACUUGACAUUAAGCAUGGACUUAAGUGCUUUCCUGAACCAGGGUCUGAGGACUCUUAGCUCAUUGCCCGGUAUCAUAAAGGCUCUAGUCCUUAUGUAAGGAACCAAGGGCCUGAGCUAAACCCUUUGAAGUAAAAGAUUUCCAUUGAUUUGCAUGGCCUUUGGCUCAAGCCCCAGAUCCUGCUCACUCUUCACGGGUACCCCUUCCUCAAGCCAGAGGGCCAGAUUCUGCCAUCAUUUAUGCCAUUGUAAAUCUAAAGUAACUUUACAGAAGUUAACAGAGUUGCACUAUAUUUCUGUUUGCAAUAAUAAGAGCAGAAUUUCGCCUUGCAUGACUACUCUCACAUACAAAAGUGAGCAGGAUUUGGAUUUAGAAGAAAUAAGCUGCAAUGCAUCCCUGUGUAAAAAGGCAGAAGCACAAGGCCUGUGCACAAUUUGCACCCUACUUGAGGAUUUCAUUGGGAGUGGUGCAAUUUGCUCUCUCCACACCAGCAAGGCAUUUUAUCCUGAAUGUAAAUGAAAGAGAGUGAUUGAAUACUGGAGGUUGCCAAACAAAUUCUUAGGCCAAAUUACUAACCAGGUUUAUUGCUGGUAAGGGAAGCCGGUGAUAUGGGGAGUUCACCGACUUUGUUUCACUGCUUUAGUGACAUAUAUAAACAGCCAAGAUCUGAAUUUUUAGUUGGAAAGGAAUUGGACUUCAGAAAUAAUGCUACAAAAUUGAUACCCUCUAUCCACAUAAUAUUACAUAGCAGCUCACCUCACCACACUAACAUAUAACAGUAAUCAGAAAAGCUGGUGUGCAUCAAACUGAGCUCACAGGGAAUCUUUUCAGAUUGUUGCUUAUAUAUUUACAGGUUUUGUUUUAAACAUUUCACAUAUCUCAGUUGGACUUUAGAGAAAAGCAUACUGUAUCUAUUUUACAGACUGUGGUAAAAUUAUUCAAUUUUGCUGCUGUGCGGUAGUUAAAUGUUAAGGGUGUCAAAAUUUACAGAUGUAAACAGGGAUUAUUUCUGGGCAUUAUGUUUCAUAGAAAUCAAAAAUAAUUCUGAUGACUUUUAAUCUGUUUUUAAUGAGAUUCACUUUGUAAUUUCAGGUUAAUAAUCUGCCUGUUAAUUUCCUAAUAAAAUAUAGGACAGGGGUGCUAUGUCUCUGUUUUCUUCUAACACCCACAGACUUGGUGCACAGCAGACAGAUCUUCAUUGACCUUUAUUCUGGGCCCAUCACCCUUCAGUGUAAAUACAUAAAUAAAGAUGAUUUUGCUACAUACUGUCCUGCUGCCCACACCUUUGCCAGAGAGUUGAAAAACAGGAUUUAACUGGUUAGGAAGACCUAAACUAAGAAGUGUCUUGUAGCUCUUCCUAAACUCAGCUAGGCCCAUGC